AACGUGACGAUUUGGUAGAGAGGAGAGGGAACAACAGAGUAUUCAUUAUUCAAUCGAUCAAUCCAUCAAUUUCUCUUCGAAGCUGCAACACCAGAACAGCAAUAAGCAUAUAUACUGGUAUAUAUAUAGAGAGAGAGAGGGGGAGAGAGAGAGAGAGAAUGGGGGAAGAGGUGGGGAAGAAGAAGAGGGUGAUUGUGGAGUCACUGGGAUGGCUGACGGAAUCUACAAUCAUGCCGAAGAAGCACCGUGCCAUCGCCGGCGUCGGACCUUCCUCCAUCCUCGAACUGAAGGCCCAACUCUACAGAUCCCAAGAGGAGUCCAAGAGGACCAAAGACGUCUCCGCCCACCCUGACCACCUCGAAUAUCAACGGGCCAAGAAGAAGAUCACACCUCACGAUCCCUUAUCUCUCAAGAACUCCGGCGUUGAGGCUCGCGCUCUCAAGGACAAGCUUGAGCUGAAAGCAGUCAAUGAUGGAUCUGUCAGCUAUGCAGCAUUAGAGAGGAAGGCUGAGUUAUAUGAUAAGCUUGCAAGGGGAGAACUUUCUGAUGAGGAAGACGAAGAGAAGUAUUGCGUUGAUUUUUUCCAGAAAAGCCUCACACGGGAUGACUCACAGCAGCCACAAAGUCAUGAUAGUUCUGCCACAGAAUCACCAGCAAAUGAAGACGGUGACAAUGAUGUUUCUGGAUUGCUUAAAACAAAACCUGUGGGGCUUGGCCAGACAGCUGGCAUGAUGGACAGGGAUGAGCAUAAGCGUUUUGUAAGGGAAGUCCAUGAAGAAGCUAACCAAGCAAGGGAAAAAGCGUCUGAGCUCAAAUUGCGUAGGCAAAAGGUGGCUGCAGCUCAUCGAGAGAAACUAAAGCAGGCAUAUCUUCAGAAGCAGCUGGAGAAACUGAAAGCUGCAUCCAAAACAGAGCAGACAUGACUGAUGGCUGGUAAUGAUCCGCCUCUUUGUAAGAAUACCAUGAGUUACUAUUAGCUCAAGCAUGUGACAAUCUAGAUCUCGUCUAAUGGCAGCAUUAUGGUUAUAGAGUUCACUUGAUUAAAUUCUUUUUUUUGGUAGUUUUCCUUCUUGUUUUGAUUUUUCUUCUUGUGUACAAAAUAGAGGUUUUGUUGAUAGAAGUUCAUAUGAUCAGGUAAUCAGGUUACACAUUUGAAUUAUGUGACCAACUGAUACCUUUACUCUCACAGUGUGUGUGGUCCAUGUGGAGCCCAAUCUGCCAAAAAAAAAAAGCAUAGCGAAGCCUGUCCUGGGACACUAAAACUGAUUGUGUACAACCAAGUUCACUUGAUUAAAUUCUCCUCGACUUGGUGAUGUUCUAAUGCUGCUUGAACAGAUUUGGGUUUUAUGUUAGAUUUGCAGAACAGAUGAGAAAAUUUUAAAUUGAAAUGUGUUGUGAACACAGAGAACUGGAUUUUGGCUA